AUGGGACGCACUAAGCAAGAUGCCUCGAUUGGCAUCAUCGGGAUGGGUGAUAUGGGCAAGAUGUAUGCUCAGCGUCUGAGCGACGCCGGAUGGAGGAUUAACGCGUGUGACAUGCCUGAGAACUUUGAAUCUCUGACCCAAGAGUUCGCUUCUCAACCCCUGGUCACCAUUUUACCCAAUGGCCAUCUCGUUUCCAGACUUAGCGAUUUCAUUCUUUACAGUGUAGAAGCCGGCGUCAUCGACCGAGUCGUGGCGCAGUACGGGCCAUCUACUAAGGUUGGCGCCAUCGUGGGUGGCCAAACCUCCUGCAAAGCCCCGGAACUUGCAGCAUUCGAAAAACACCUGCCGGCCGACGUAGAGAUCGUAUCCUGCCAUUCGUUACAUGGGCCCAAAGUGAACCCCAAAGGCCAGCCUCUGGUCUUAAUUCAGCACCGAGCGUCUGACGAAAGCCUCCGAUUUGUCGACGGUAUUCUGUCGUCCUUCGGGUCCAAACAUGUCUAUCUCACUGGUGAGAUGCACGAUCGUAUCACCGCCGACACACAGGCAGUCACCCACGCUGCCUUCUUGAGUAUGGGGACUGCAUGGCAGGCCAAUAAUCAAUUUCCCUGGGAGAUCUCUCGCUGGGUGGGUGGCAUCGAGAACGUCAAAAUCAACAUCACCCUCCGUAUCUAUUCGAAUAAGUGGCAUGUCUAUGCCGGUCUGGCAAUCCUCAACCCGGCUGCGAAGCAGCAGAUUCGACAGUACGCCGAGUCGGUGACAGAACUUUAUAAGCUCAUGAUCGGAGGACAUCGGGACGAGCUCAAGCGCCGAGUGAAGGCGGCCGGUGCCGCUGUUUUCAAAAAGGACACCGAGGGACAAGAUCUGUUGCUGAAGGACGAGGUACUCGAUCGAUUUUCUCUUUCCAAUCGCUCGCGUGAGAUGUCUCCACCGAAUAGUCAUCUAAGCUUGCUUGCCAUUGUCGACUGCUGGUCUAAGCUUGGUAUCGUACCUUACGACCAUAUGAUUUGCUCCACGCCGCUCUUUCGUCUCUGGCUGGGAGUCACCGAGUACUUGUUCCGCAACCCUGAGCUCCUCGACGAAGCUCUGGAUACCGCCAUUGACGAUAAUACCUUCCGCUCCGAUGACCUAGAGUUUACAUUUGCUGCUCGGGCGUGGUCUGACUGUGUCUCCUUCGGAGAUUUUGAGUCCUACAGGGACCGAUUUGAACGGAUUGCUCAGUACUUCGCACCCCAAUUCCCGGAAGCUGCCAAGCUUGGAAACGAGAUGAUGAAGACGAUCUUGGAGAAAACCACCAAUCAACCUUGA